CCAACGUUUAGUUUAAAACCGCGUGUCUUCCGCUUCGACUGUGCUUCGGUCGUUCUAUCGCUCCUUGUUUCUUUUUAUUUUACCGAAAAUCGUUUUUCGUGUGCUAUGUAAAUUUGUUUAAAUAUGUAUAUUUUCCUUUACCAUUAUUUUUUCACGUUUAUUUUGUAAAGCUGGAAUUAAUCUAAGAUAUCGGUUUCUUGUUGUGUGAUUUUGUGUGCUUCGUUCGUCAACAGUUCGAUUUCCAUAUCAAAAAUGGCCGUGAUGGUGGAGCAAAGGUCUUUUAGACCUUUCAAGUCCAGCGAAGAAUAUUUAUACGCUAUGAAAGAAGAUUUAGCCGAAUGGUUGAAUAUUUUGUACCCCGAUCUGUACAUAAAUGUGAAUAAUUUUAUGGACAGAUUAGAUACCGGUGUUGCUUUGUGUAAGCACGCCAACAACGUGAGAAAAUACGCCGAAGAAUACGUAGACAGGCGGCAGGCGGCGGGCAAAACAAACGUGCACAGUAUCGCGACAUCGUGUUUACGCCUGCAACCGGUUCGAUUCUUGCCCGGUGCCAAAGCGGGCACAUUUUUCGCGCGCGACAACGUCUCGAAUUUUAUUACGUGGUGUCGGCACGGUCUCGGCGUUUACGAGUGUUUGCUCUUCGAAACGGACGACUUGAUAAUGCGCAAAAACGAAAAACACGUGAUCCUGUGCCUGCUCGAGGUGGCCCGAAGAGCCGCCAAGCUCGGUAUGCCGGCGCCCAUGCUCGUUCAUCUGGAACGCGAAAUAGACCGCGAAAUAGCGGCCGAGAAGCGUAAACUCAGGUUUGGCGGAUGUCAAGAUUACUACGAGCAAGUCUCCGACGAAGAAAGCGACCUUAGCGACGGAGAUGAUUGCGUCGAAUACGGACCUAUACCGCAAAUCGUUACCAAUGAUUUGAAAAGUCUGGAUGAGAUGGUACGCGACGAAGUGGAAAAGUGCCAAUGUCCGACUCAAUUCCCUAUGAUAAGAGUUUCCGAAGGAAAGUACCGUAUUGGAGAUACCAAAGUGUUGAUUUUCGUCAGGAUACUCCGAAGCCACGUGAUGGUUCGAGUAGGUGGCGGUUGGGACACGUUGUCGCAUUAUUUAGAUAAACACGAUCCGUGCAGAUGUCGAACCGCUCAUAGAGCAGCCGUAUCGUCGAGAAUAACCGGAGUUAAAAGCGGCGGACCGGCGUUAGAAAUAUCGCAUGCUCAAGUCCAUUACGACAGAUCACCGCCCAGAACCCGACGAUCUUCGACAUCGAGUAACAGCAGCGGCGGAGGUGGUGGCAUUUCUUACCUUCCCAGUGCGGCCACAUUGACGGCAAUGCACGCCAGACAAAAUCAAAGAUGUCGUUCACCGAUGAACACUCUAGCGCCGAAUGUGCCAUCGGAAAGACGCAGCCGAAGUCCGACACCUCGCAAGAAGAUGUCGAAUCUAGCUCCGGAGAAACCUCACAAACUUGGCCGUUCUCGUUCGCCGACUCCGACACCGAAACGAUCCAGAUCUCGGACACCUAAACCUGCAGCCAAGCAAUCGUCCACGACCAAGGAAAAAGAACGCUCGUGUAGUUACAUCGCCUCGAAUAAAGAUCUAACUCUGCACGUCGACGAAGAUGGCUGCGUCGUAUCCAGAAGUCGAUCGCCUUCGGUAGGCAAACGAUCAAGGAACAGUAGUCGUUCAUCGCGUCGAUUAUCAUCCGGAGUUGACGACGAAGAAACGCCAUCUCGUCGUGGACAGCAGACUGAAUGUGCCAGCGGAGUAGACUACUCGCCUACGAACCGGGUAUCCGAUAAUUUCGUCGGCACGAAUCAGUACCGAUUGCUGAAUACGAACGCUCCGUCCAACGAACAAACCUCAACUCGCCGUAGUCCAUCGCCAUGUUUGCAACGCAGUGGUAUCGAUACCACACCUGCGUGCAAAGUUGCCGAAAAUUUUGUCGGCACGAAUCAGUAUGAUUUACUGAACGCCAAUUCGAUCGUUACCUCAGCAGCCGCUGCUGACCAUCAGAACUCUAAAACUGGCCAACAGCAUAAAAAUCAACAUUCUGGCAGAAGCGGGGUCGAUACGACUCCGGUAUCCAAAGUAUCGGAUAAUUUCUGCGCAUCUGGCGGUACUGCUUCGAGAUCGAGUAGAUCUAGCGCCAGUGUCAAUGAUUUGGAUUUGAUUACCAAAAAGGAGAGCAACGAUAGCGGAUCCGAGGUGUCCGAUGAAGGAUACAAGAGUCUAGGAUUGGUAUCGACUCCUCCGGCUACUUCACACCAUACGACUGUGCCACCAUUGACCGGCUCACCUAGUCGCGUAGUCCGACCACCACGCAGCCGAAGCGCCGGAGGCCAAGAUUCGCCGAGUCCGCAACAGAGUCCAUUCCGGCGUAACUCGAAAGCCAAUCAAUCAGCUCGUCAGUCGCCCACCCAUCAAGCGAACGCCACCGCCAAACCGAUAUGCCAUUCGUCCAGAAACUACAACACGUGGAACAGCAGCGGCCACGCAGGCGGCGGCGGCGGCGACGGCUCCGGCCGAAAGAAAAGAGCCGCCAUCUCGGAGGAUACGUUCUGCCAACAGGUUGCCGAAAUUAUGCAACAGUACGCUGCCAUGAUGCCGAGCCCGCGUAAAGACUCGAAACCGGAUUCGAGGAUUUCGACGCGGAUACCAGCCCCGGUACCUAUUCAGAAAACGUAGUACAUGAUACCGUAUCGUACGUACGGAACGUACUGCGUGCACGUCGUCCCGCAGCAGCUUCUAUCGCCCUAGGGAAGCUGUUGCGUAUAGCAAAUUAGCGAGCUACGAGGUCGCCAAACAAACCAUCGAGCGCUGUAGAUUGCCAUUUUCAACACGUCGCCGCGCCGAUCGCGAUUGUGUCGUCUUCGUUCAUCGUAUACUACCUAGUAGCUGUUUCUGCAAUCUGCAAGUGCAGAUUUGCAAUUCGCACCAUCUCGAGUUUACCGUUAUUGCCUACCUAUUUAUGUACAGUGUAGUACAUAAUAUUUUACCUAAUCGAUAUGGAAUAAUGUGGAAUUAUGUAUAUUGUGGAUUGGAUAGAACAAAAUUACAUAUCCGAUGAGUCAGCAUCAUCAACGACACAUCUCUUCUUGAUACACCUUUUUCUUCUUGUUUUUUUUCUUUUCUAUAAAUACAUAAGUAUUCGAAGUCGAAACUUACAACUUACCUGUAACCUACCCCUUACCAUACCAUACUUUGUACCAAUACGUAAACCUGAUUGUGUUUAUUGGGUCUACGUAUGUAUAUCUUCUACGUUAUUACCUAUUUUGUAUUUGUUUCUCGUUUUCCUUAGCGGUACGACUGAUAUUUAUUGCGUUGAAUACCUACCUACAUAUUAGGAUAGAUAUUUAUUUUUAUUUUUCCCCUUUUGUUUUCAUUUAUUCAUACACACUUCUUUGUUGUAUUGCAUUGUAUUGUACAUAGUUGACUGAUGAGUAUAGAUAUAGAUAAGAGGCCUACCUUGAGACUUUACUUACAAUUGAACUUACCUGUCUAUGUGCAAAGUCCAUAGAGGGGGUGGGGGAAGGGGGUCUUAUUUGAAAGAAUCUUUUCCCUCAAAUUUCGAAGAAAAAAAAAUACUCAACCAUGGCUAGAUUAAUUUUCAUCCUUAGGAUUUGAAUUUUCCAAAACUGAAACCUUUGUGUUAUUCCAUGUCUUGUGUAUUUUUUUGUUUUUUUUCUCUAUGUGUGUGUGUGUAAAAUGGUGCUUCGACAACGAGGGGAAAUAAUAUGUGAUAUUUUUGUAUCGAUGUGGUAUUUCGUUCGAACUACGUACUCGCAAUAAUAAUUGUUAUGUAAAGUAUAAUUUUAUUUUCCCUUUUUCUUCCCUGUAUUUUCUUUUCUUUUUUUUUGUUUCUUUUAUAAUUCCAUAGUUGCAAAGAUUGUUGUUAUUUUGAUUAUUGUUAUUUCUUUUUUUUUAUACGAUACCUUUUGUAGCUUAAUUAACCAUUUAAAUAAUGUAAAAUUAAACGUACCUACUCGUACAUUAUAAAUAAUAAGUAACCAAAGUAACCCGUAUUACUGAUACCUUUACAUUUGUAAUAAUUGUACCUACCUUGUAUUUACCUCCCAUUUCUUGGAUACAGAGCUUUAGUUUUGCAUUUUCUUCGGUACCUUCACCUGUCACCUGUUCUUUUUUUUUUUUUUUUUUUUUCUUAUAAAUUGAAGUUAUUCGAAAAAGUCCAUUUAAAAACUCAUUUUAGAGAGAAAAUUUUAGAAAACAAUGCAUUUCUCUUCUCUCUUCCUUCCUCCUAAUUUCCUGUUCUGAUAAUUAAAGUAGAAAAUCGUCACAGUUAUUAUGGCCAUUAUAAAAUAUGCUAAUUUAAAUUCAAUCUAAAACCCCCAUCAAAACAUAAAGAGUAGAAUAAAAAUUGAAAAUUAAUUAAAAUUCAUCAUCACUUUGAUCUAACUUGAAAAAAAAUUCCAACAACUGGAAGAAUUGCACAGCUAAAAGCUCUGAAUUAAAAAUGUAAAAAUCCUAACACGUUUUCAAGUCUCAAAAUGUUGAAAGAAUAUUAUUGGACAUUUUAUGUAAAAUAAUCUUAGUUUGAAUUUCCAUUAACACGUUUAUAUUGUUUGUUUUUUUAGGGUACAUUGUGAUAAAAAUAAUAUUAAUAUUAAUGUAAUCCAUUCAUCGAUUCAAAUAUUUCAAAAUGCGUUUUGCGUAGUGGUGCUUUAUAAUGCUACGUGGUGUGUUUGUGUGUAUUUUGUUUGUAUUUUGUAAAAAAAUGAUUUUCUCGACGUUGAAAAAAGACAAGUCUUUAAUGAAAGCAAUAAUUUUUUUUUUGUAAGUAGAUUAUUUAAGUGUAUUUUUCCCCUGUCAAAUAAUAAUACAAUAUUGUAUUUUUUUCUUUA